GCACCCUCUUUCCCUCAUUUGCAGCUGUGUGUCCCUCUAGAGCCCUGCAGUAUGGAGCCGGUCAACAGGACAGAGGUACCUGAGUUCUUUCUGAAAGGAUUUUCUGGUUACCCAGCCCUGGAGCGCUUUCUGUUCCCUUUGUGCUCAGCCAUGUACCUGGUGACCCUGCUGGGGAACACGGCCAUCGUGACGGUGAGUGUGCUGGAUGUGCGCCUGCACACGCCCAUGUACUUCUUCCUGGGCAACCUCUCCAUCCUGGACAUCUGCUACACGUCUACCUUUGUGCCCCUGAUGCUGGCCCAUCUCCUGUCAGCCAGGAAGACCAUCUCCUUCAUUGGCUGUGCAAUCCAGAUGUGUCUGAGCCUGUCCACGGGCUCCACGGAGUGUCUGCUGCUCGCCAUCAUGGCCUACGAUCGCUACCUGGCCAUUUGCCAGCCCCUCAGGUACCCAGUGCUCAUGAGCUACCGGCUCUGCUUCUGGCUGGCAGGAGCCGCCUGGCUCCUCUGUCUCUUCAAAUCGGUGACGGAGACAGUCAUCGCCAUGAGGCUGCCAUUCUGUGGCCGCCAUGUGGUCAGUCACUUCACCUGCGAGAUCCUGGCAGUGCUGAAGCUGGCGUGCGGUGACACGUCCGUCAGCGAGGCUCUCCUGCUGGUGGGCGCCAUCCUGCUGCUGCCCGUGCCCCUGGCAUUCAUCUGCCUGUCCUACACAUUCAUCCUGGCCACCAUCCUGAGGGUGCCCUCAGCCGCUGGGCGCCGCAAAGCCUUCUCCACCUGCUCGGCGCACCUGGCGGUGGUGCUGCUUUUCUACGGCACUGUCAUCUUCAUGUAUAUGAAACCCACCAGCAAGGAGGCCCCUGUCUCCGACGAGGUCUUCACAGUCCUCUAUGCCGUGGUGGUGCCCAUGCUGAACCCUGUCAUCUACAGCCUACGGAACAAGGAGGUGAAGGAGGCAGCCAGGAAGCUGUGGGACAGGAGACAGAACAAGGAGGGAGGCCUCUAUGCCUAAAGUGAGGACAGUGUGAGGAGCAGGGCUGUGUUUCCGGAAUCUUCCUCCCAGAAAGGCCGCACCAAGUCCCACUGACAUGCUACAGAACAGCUCGUCAUCUCCCCUCGCUCCUGCCCCCGGCGUCGCUCCCGGCCAGCUCUCAGCAUCACUCCUGCAUCUUUACACCAGCCCCCUG